AUGAUCCAGCUGCUGUUCACGCUGCUGGCCGCCGAGGCAGCGCUGGUGCUCGUGCUGCUCUUCCGCACGCCCGCUCGACGCCUCGCGCUGCUCGCCGUGGACUGCAGCAAGCGCGGCCGCGGGCCCCUAAUGGCCAGGACUGUCGCGGCCACCAUGUUCGUCGUGCUCGGCUCCAGCGGGUACAGCAUCGCCAAGAUCCGGCGCCGCGAAGGCGAGUUCGCCCAGCUCACGCCCACAGACCAGGUGCUCGCCAGCCGCCACCUCCUCGAGGCCUCGCUCAUGGGAUACUCUCUGUUUCUUGGGCUAAUUAUUGAUCGACUGCAUCACUAUAUUAGGCAAAUACGGGCGAUGAAGAAAAACAUGGAGGCUGUGACAAAGCAGAGCAGGGUCUUGGAAGAAACAAAGCUCGGAGACUCUGAGGAAAUUCAAGGAUAUCAGAAAAAGAUUGGCAGUUUGAAUGAACAGGUGCAAGUACUCAAACAACAGUCAGAAUCUCAAACACAGGAGCUAAAAACUGCUGAAACGAACAAUUUGGCUUUAAGAAAACAAUCUGAAGGUUUGCUUACUGAGUAUGAGCGUCUAAUUGCGGAGAAUGAGGAAUUGAGGAAUAAGCUGCAAACAAUGGAACUCCGCUUCUCCCGUUCUGACAGCAAGAAAAAUACAUAG